AUGCUUGGAUGGAACAGAAAUCCUCUGGUACGGUUAUUUUCUUCUUUUAAGAAAUUAGAUCUCUUAAAAAGAUUGAGUUUUCAUGUUUCUGCUGCUGAUGUAUUUAAUGCUAUAUAUGCCAAUGAGAGGUCCUGUUCUGCGCGAAAGUUAUCUGUCAGUGAAACUCCAAUAGACAGACGUGAACCACCACAUUCAGCAUAUUCGUCUCUAAGAACCGCUUCGACACGAAGCAGUUCAUUUUUUAAGCCAGCGACAAAUCUGAGUGCGGUAAAAGAUCAUCGCAAUCUCAUGGACCGUAAUGUUCAACAGCAAAUGCAUCGCAAGACACCUAAACCUAAACCUAAGCCUAAGCCUAAGCCUAAGCCCCUCGAUGCAGCAAUUAUGCAGUAUUUAACUGAUAUGAAUUAUUCGCAACUGAAUGAAAAACUUGUAAAAAGCCCAACUAAAGCUGAAUUUGGUCUCAUAUUAAAGAUGCCUCUCCUUCUUCGUGCUUCGGGUUAUCCGUUGCAAUUAAAAGCUUCUAUUUUGCAAACAAUCGGAGCUGCACAUACUAUGCCGCAUUUACUCGGAGCUAUUACUUGGCUCAUUGAUAUGAUUCAGAUGACCGCUGAAAUAUCACCACAGGAUUUACUUCUUGCAAAGGAAGAAGGAGAUGGCCAAAGGAGAUCAGUACGUUAUCGGUUUUUUAACUUCUGCAUUAUAUAGAU